GCGCACUACCUUUUCCGAUUUUGCAUCAAAGUGUAAGUCAAUCCGAACGAGAACACUUCUUGGAAUUAAUCAAAUAAUUAUUUCGAUAAAAAUAAUAUCGAUUAUUUGUAAUUAUUGUCGAACAAUAUUGAACUAACUUGAAAUCGAUAAAACUCCAAAUAAAUGAUAAUAUUUGAAUAAUAAAUAAUAUUUGAAUGUGUCGACAUUUUAUAAAGAUGGCUGCCGAAGUACAAUGCAUAUUUUGUAAAAUCAUUAGAAAUGAAAGUCCGAGUGAAAAGAUUUAUGAGGAUGAGAACGUAACAGUUAUUAAAGAUAUCAAUCCAGCAUCAAGCCAUCAUUAUUUAAUACUGCCAAAUGAACACAUACGCAAUGCCAAAGAAUUAAAACGUGAAAACGAAGAGCUUUAUGAUAAAAUGAUUGCAACAGUUCAAAUAAUAGCAGAACAACAAGGACUCGAUAUUAAAUCUACUAGGACUGGCUUUCAUUGGCCGCCGUUUAACACUGUACAUCAUCUUCAUUUACAUGUUAUAUCUCCUAUCGAAAAUUUGUCUUUUGUUAAACAAGUAAUGUUUCGUCCUAAUACUCCAUGGUUCGUUAAUACGGACUACGUGAAGUCGCAUUUACUAAAACAAUAAUUGUGAUAUGUAGUUUAAUUAUUAUUCAAAUUUUAUACAAAUUUAUAUUUCUGUUAUU